AUGGCUAACAUUUUUGUGGAACCACCAUCGCAUUUCGUCCCUACUGAUAAUCCGGCUCAGGCGUGGGAAGAAUGGAAAACUUCUUAUCAGUUAUACGAAGCCGCCUGUCAGUACUCCGAUAAGCCAGACAACGUUCGACGCGCCCUGCUACUUCAUUCAUUAGGGCCUACGGCAAGAAAUAUCUACAAGACUUAUGCGCCUCAGCCAGCAACAGAAGAAACUGACUCGGCGAAAAAAGACACAACAGAAGAAAGUGUCUCGACGAAAAAAGGCGCAACGGAAAGAAGUGUCCCGGAUUCCGUGAAAUACAUCCUGGGAAAGUUCGACGAACUUUAUUUGCCGUACAAAAAUGUGACGCAUGCCACGGCUGUCUUCAACAUGAUGGCCCAGCGGGAAGGUCAAUCUGUCGACGAAUAUGUAACGGAACUUCAGCUGCAGGCGCAAAGGUGUGAUUUUGGAGACAAAACAAGUCGGCUGAUCGGAGACAGGAUUAUUCUGGGGAUAAGGGACCCGGCACUUCGAGAACGUCUGCUUCGAGAAAGUGACCUUUCGCUGGAGAAGGUUGUACAGUUCUGCAAGGCAGCUGCUAUAUCCAAGAAACAUAUGCGCGAUAUAGACAAUAUGGGCCCGGAAGUAUCGGUCAGCGCAUUACAUGAGCAACAGUGGCAACAAGGACGGAGCGCACAGCAUCAAGGUCGCGCACAUGGAGGUGAACGCCAGUUAGUUAAACACGACCGCUUUCGUCCUUUAUCGCAAAUUCCUGGGUUGCAGUCGCAGCCUUAUCAGCUUCUUGAGAACCGCCCACCUCUGCAGCCCUCCAGCAGACAGUAUUCAGCUUCAUGUUCACGGUGUGGUUUGCGUCAUCGUCCACAGCACUGCCCCGCAUAUGGAAUGCACUGUCUUUCAUGCGGAAAGUUCGGACAUUUCGCUAGAAUGUGUCGCCAAAGGAUGCUCCCAGGAGCGCGCCGCAUCGAUAUGCUGGACACUGCUACGCCGGAUGGGAUAACCACGGACAACGAAACGCUACUGGGUGAGCUCAUUAUUGACACCUUGUCCCGUUCAAGCUCAUCUCAAUGGCUACAGAGUGUUCAAAUUCAGGAUCGCACUAUUGAAUUUAAACUUGACACUGGUGCUGAUGUAAAUGUGUUGCCCUACACCGUUAUUGAAUCUUGUUCCCGCAAACCUGUGAUCGAGGCAACGGAGAUUAAGGUGCAAACAUUUAGCGGAGAGCCUCUACCUAUUGUUGGAAAAUGCCAGUUGAACUGUGUCAUUAAUGGAAAGAACUGUCGGCUAGAAUUUGUUGUAGUACGAAUGAACGUGAGCGCAAUUCUUGGGAAACGAGCCUGUGAGGAGUUGAAUCUGGUGAAACGAGUUAGACAAGUGCAGAGGACUACUAGCAGCAACGAAGAGUUCCAGUCUAUUCUUGCGGAAUUUCCUGACGUAUUCGAGGGAAUUGGUUGUUUGCCCGGAACAUACAGCAUAUCGUUAAAGGAGGGAGUAACUCCCAGUGUGUCCGCUCCCCGGAAAAUCCCGUUGGCUUUGGAAGCCAGUGUCAAACGAGAACUGGAAUCCAUGGAAAGUAAUGGAGUCAUAACAAAAGUAACGGAGUCAACAGACUGGGUUCACCCCAUUGUAGUUGUGCCCAAGAAGAACGGAACUGUUCGCGUUUGUUUGGAUCCUCGAAAGCUCAAUGUAGCCAUCAAACGUGAAUAUUAUAAAAUUCCGACGGAAGAAGAAAUGUUAGCAAAUCUUAGCAAAUGUAAACUGUUCACUUUGUUUGACGCUAAUCAUGCGUUCUGGCACACCCCGUUGGACACACAGAGCUCUUAUUUGUGCACCUUUGCCACGCCGUGGGGGCGUUACAGAUUUUUACGCUUACCAUUUGGGUUAUCAAGUGCACCUGAAAUUUUUCAACGCGCUAUGGACGAUGUCUUCCGUGGGCAUAACGACAUUCGUCCAUACUUCGAUGAUAUACUUCUGGCCGCAAAGACUACGGAUCAGCAUAAGGAACAGCUUCGCAGAGUCCUCACCUUAGCCAGAAAUAAUAAUCUGAAACUCAAUCCAUCAAAGACUCAGUUGGCUCAGCCUCGUGUGAAGUACUUUGGGCACGUUCUGACUGACCAAGGCAUCUGCGCCGAUGAAGAUAAAGUGCGGGCUAUUUCGGCAAUGAAGCUGCCAGCAAAUAAGGCAGAGCUUCAGAGGUUUCUUGGCAUGGUUACGUACCUCGCAAAAUGUCUGCCUCAUCUGUCGCAGGAGACAAGUGAGCUUCGUGAACUCCUAAAAUCUGAUGUACCGUGGCUCUGGGACGCAAAUAAGACUAAGCAGUUUGAUCACAUCAGAGAACUCCUGAAGAAGGCGCCUGUACUGGCGUACUUCGACAAAACGAAGCCCGUCACGUUGUCUACCGAUGCGAGCUCUUACGGCAUCGGCACAGUACUUAUGCAAGAUGGUCGCCCUGUUGCGUACGCGUCCGCAGCUUUGAAUGAAACACAGCAAUCGUACGCGCAGAUUGAGAAGGAGUUGCUUGCUGUUGUUUUCGCAUGUACGCAUUUUCAUUACUAUAUCUUCGGUCGGUCGGUUGAAGUACACACGGACCAUAAACCGCUCAUCGGCUUAAAAGAAAAACCGUAUGAUAAGGUGUCCUCAAGAUUACAAAGGCUGCUGCUUCGUCUCAACGAUUACAACGUCACUCUUACCUAUGUUCCGGGGAAAUACCUAACGAUAGCAGAUGCCUUAUCACGCGCUCCUGACCCGGCAGGGAUGAUCGACGAUAACGACGGCGCAUAUCCGAUAACAGUUUGCACCCUCGCAACGGCUUCUACGCCGAAGUUUUUAGAGAUACGCGCCGCAACUGUUCAGGAUGAAACACUGCAGGCCGUUAUUUUCCAUCUCAACAACGGAUGGCCACAACACAGGUUCCUAGUUCGACCCGAUCGAGGUUGGACCCUUCUACGAUAUAAGAGACGAACUGUACGUUACAGAUGGGUUUUUAUGCAGAGGUCAGCGUCUUGUUCUUCCAUCAUCGUGUCGGAAUGA